AUGAGUUUAGGUGAGAACAUUCGUGAGCUUGUAGGUACGAUUCAAGUUACUCACUAUGCCGGCGAUGUCACUUAUUCUGUCAACGGUUUCAUGGAUAAGAAUAGAGAUACCUUGUUCCAAGACCUUAAACGGCUAUUAUUCAACAGUAAGAGCACUCUGCUGCAUUCGCUGUUCCCUGAUGGCUCGAAGUCGGUCACAGAAGUGAAUCGUCGGCCUCCUACUGCUGGCUAUCUAUUCAAGAACUCGAUGUCAACGUUGGUAGCUCAACUGGCCAGUAAGGAACCCCACUACAUCCGCUGUAUCAAGCCAAACGAGGAGAAGAGCAGCACUAUUUUUGAUGUGGAAAGGGUGGAACAUCAGGUUCGCUUCUGCCAUUUAAUUCGGAAAUUUGGGACCACCAAGUCCGGUUAA